AUGUUGCUCUCUUCCCUUGUCGGCCUUUCCCUGGUCGUUGUCGCGCAGGGCAAAUACAUCGUGCCUGGAGGGCGAUGGCGCGAUACAGAUGGAGAGUUGGUUAAUGCGCAUGCGGGCGGCGUCGUCUUUGACGACAAAACGGAAAAGUUCUGGUGGUUCGGAGAGUAUAAGACUGAGGGACAGGAGGAGGGCGGCGGAGUGUCGGUCUACAGUUCCGACGAUUUGGCGACGUGGGAAGCUCAUGGACUUGCUUUGAAACCCGUCGAAGGACAUGAUUACAUCUCCACCAAGCAUAUCAUCCAGCGACCCAAGGUGGUCUACAGCGAGGAGGCGGAUCAGUAUCAUAUGUGGUGGCACGCCGACAACUCCUCGUACGGUUGGCUUCUACAAGGCCUCGCGACAUCGAACAAUAUCUCUGGCCCCUACAGCUUCGUUGACGCGACCGCACCGCUCGGGAACUGGUCGCAAGACUUUGGGCUUUUCACGGACUACAAGGACCACAAGACGUAUGCACUGUAUUCCAACGGCGACCGCAAGGAAGGACGCGAUGUGUAUCUCACCCGGUACAAUGACAACAUCACUGCUUUGGACGAGGUGGUGCAUCGGUUCGACAAGUACGAUCUGGAAGCGCCAACCAUCAUCCAGACCGACAGGAGUUAUUGGGCGCUUAUGAGCCAUAAAACUGGAUACCGACCAAACAAUGUGGUUGGUUUCAGAGCAGAUUCGCUGAGUGGGCCCUGGUCGCAGCCAUUUAUCGUUACGCCGUUGAACACGCGCUCGUUCAACUCGCAGUCUGGAAACUCACUGAGGAUUAAGGGGUCGAAGAAGACCACCUACUUGUAUCUUGGUGAUCAGUGGGACUCCAACUCCCUGUGGGAGAGCCGAUACAUUUGGCUUCCGGUUGAAAUUGACGAGAAGAAGAAUAGUCUUGAAGUUGUUUGGAACGACGUUUACGAUCUCAACGUGAAAACCGGAGAGUGGAAGCCCAUCAAGGGAAAGACUUAUUCCGCAAAGAGAGCCAAGACGAAGGGAGACGCAUUCAAGCAGGAAGCUAACUUCGCGACCGACGGAGUGAUUCUCACCGGAAUCUACGGCAACGACAGCACCGUGACCUUCGAAGGUAUCGAGGGAACCGGCAAGCCUCAAUGGGUGUCGUUCUACUAUCAAAACACUGACGACAUGGGCUUCGGCGACCAACCGGCAGGAACCCCCGAUCGCAUCGGCGGGUCUUGGCAACUCCGUCGCAUCAGCAGCGUCGUUGUGAACGGGAAGACCGAGAAGGUGGAGACGCUAUACCAGCGCGACACGCACAAGGGCAUCAUCCUCUCUACUCCGCUGCAGCUGACCCUGGAAAAGGGGAAGAAGAAUACGAUCACCGUAGGGGGCCUGUAUAACGGAUUCGACUAUAAGGGGGCGGAUCUGGAUCGGAUCGUGGUGUAUCCACCCGAGUAA